CCUUGCAGAGGUUCGCGAAGAUUUGGUCAGGAGAGUCACUAGUGAGCCCGCCACCCGCGCGACGUGUGGUGAAGCUGCGGCUGUGGCGUGGCCUUUCUUGGCAGUGCUGUGGUGGGCUGUGGCUCGCAUUGUGGCGCUGAUAUAGCCGAAAUGGGCGUGACGGGGAGCGAGAGUCGGGCUGCCGCCGUCCUGCUUCUAGCUCUGCUGAUGGCGCCAUCGAUAGGAGGUCAACGCCAAGAAUCAGCCACACGAUCGCUGGGAGCCACACACAGCCUCCGCCAUGUUUUUGGAGUUGAAGAUCAACAAUACAAAACUUCACAGGCACCACAGACGUCAAGGCCGUCCCGAGCACCACCAGCCUCGACCGUCCAGCGAGACGCCAGACGCCGCGGGAAGUCAACAGCUGGCGAGGGUGUGCAGCAUGCCAAAGACUUUAAAGACGAGCAGACCCCUGAAAGUACACUUCCUGAGGUGCAUUCUGAUCCCGAGUCUCGACACAGACCACAUAAGGUACCCAGACCGGAAGCCCCGCGAGUUCCUGAACUGCCUGAGCACCUGCCCCCAGGCCUGGCCAGCCGCCUCAACCAGUUUCCACGAGUGGCUGCUGGCCCGGAUAACUCUCCUCCCCAUGCUUUUUUCCAGCCGCGCAUACAGGUAGAGGCAGAGGAAGUAAGUGAUGCGGAGUGGGAGCAGCUGCUGGUGGAGGGUUGGGCGAGGGACGGGGUGGUGCCUCGACUCCUGCCCGCCCCGCCGCCCUUUCUUGUUAACGUGAACUACGGAGAUCACCAAUGCGUCCAUCUGGGGAACACUAUCACCCCUGCUCACACCCGCGCUGCGCCCAACACUCUCAGGUUCCCCGGGGAGAAGGAUCGUCGCUACACUGUGAUGCUCCUUGAUGUGGACGCCCCUUCCCCGCCCCGCCUCCACUGGCUCCUAAUCAACGUCCCCGCGAAACAGCCCCGUGAAGGUGAUGAAUCGGUAGAGUACGAAGCGCCACGGCCAAACCUAGACACCGGUCAGCAUCGCCUUGUGUUCCUGGUGUACCGGCAGCGUACCGUCUUGAGAUCUUCAGACCCAAAGGUGCCGAGUGCUCGAUCUUGUCAGAGUGCAGGCCGCGACCACAUUGACCUGACCCGCCUCGCAUCUGAUCUCGAACUGGAGGGACCCACUGCAGCCAAUUACUUCCUGUCGGAGUGGGAUGUAACAGUGGAGCACACCUGCACUACAUCUGCUGCUUCCUAACACCUGUCUUGAAUGAGUGCUGGCUGAUGGGAGUCUACGCGUCUAUCUGCUGUAUUUUCCUUCCACUCCAGCAUGCACCUUUGCACCGCAGCCCCUUCCCCACACAUCGGUCUCUUUCCACCCCACCUUUAAGCUGAGUCUGCAGAAAGAAACUACCUGGAAAAGUGUAUACACAUCGACGAGGCAUAAAUGAAAGAAACAAAAAUCAUAAAAUCGUAAUGAGAUACGCAUUUAAUAUUAGUAACCUGGUUCUAAAACAUUACGUACUUUAAAACUUCGACAUACGGGUUGCAGACUCCUCACAUAACUUCAUACGGUGUCAUUAAGAACAAAGACUUACAUGGUUAAAUGUUUUGGUAAUCCUUCACGUGUUUAAUCUUAUCAUAAUCUUCUGGUCUCCAUUAAUCAUUCAAACUUUUUCUUUCGUUAUUUUUAUCCACUUUCAUGUCGCCUCCCAAUAUAUUAAACUACUUCUAAAUUGUUACAUUUCCUUAUUCCAACUUACUUCACCUGGCGAGCACCAAGCAUCUGUUUCUUCUCCCUCCCUAAAAUCAAUGCAAGAACGAGGUGGCAACAGGAUAAAAAAAGAAAUGACUAUAAAAUCCUUCACAAAUAACUAGUUCUAGCUGUAAAUAUCGAGGUGAAGGAAACUAGGAGAGGUAAGAAAAAAAAAGUGGUGAGAAGAUGGAACAUAAUCGAGUGAGGGAAGUUUAAAAAGAUUCAGUAGUGUGUGUGUGUGUGUGUGUGUGUGUGUGUGUGUGUGUGUGUGUGUGUGUGUGUGUGUGUGUGUGUGUGUGUGUGUGUGAUUGUAAGACAGAAUGCGAAGGAAGAUAGGGAAGAUGUGAAUGAAUGGGAAUGGGACAAAAGAAUCGGUGG